CGCGGCGCCUGAUGCCCGGCUCGACGGCGAGGACGCGCGCCUGAGUCUCGAGCCCGCGGGCAGCGGCAGCUGCAGCGACGACGAGGCCGGGCGGGACGGCGGCUUCGGCGGCGGGAGGUCCAGGUAGGGGGAGCCUGGCUUCCUCGGCGCCCUUCGCCAUCCAUCUCCCGCCUCGGGGCUGGCUUGGCCUGGCUUGACUCCGCGUUCAGCGGGGCUGGAAGUGAGCUGCGCGUCCCGGAGCUGAAAAGGUCCCCUCGCUCGCUCGCUCCCAGGCGGGCUGCCUCGCUGCAAGGCUGCUAUUUGGCAAGUGCAGAGCGAGCGGCGUGUGGUGCCAGGCGGGAGUCCGCUCCUAAACCUGCUCCGGGUCCUUCCCCCUGCAGCCCCGGGCAGAGGUGGGGUUUGGCUGGGCUAGAGCAACGCGGUUCUUUUCUUCUUCUUUCGUGAAGCCGUUUAGCGAGGCUUGACUCGCGGUAUUUGGUGGAUGAUCCAAACGGCGCUAUUAGUGAAUAAGGCUCACAAUCCACCCGCGAAGUCUCCCGGGAGGUAGGACUCGAAGUCUAGGAUUUCUGCAUUUGGGGAAUGGAGAGGUGUCAGCCCUUGUGAUGGGCUUUUGCAAAAGAAAAAGCCCGAUGGCAAGGGGAAAGUCGCAAACUCUCCUUUACAGAAAGUGGGCGAGGAGGCAAAGAAAGAUAGAAGUUUCCCCCCCACGAGCUUCCAUAGGAAGUUCAGCGGUUUCCAUCUAUGAUGGAGGGGAGCUCGCCCCGGAGAGCAGGCGGGUGAAUCGGUGGAGCCGCUGGCUAAGCCUCCCGACCUGUGUUAGCUACAAGGAGGCAGUUUGGAUCCAGCUCAGAGUGACCAGGUAACGUGCGCAGUCACCCUUUUAGGCACGCGUGGCCGUGUGUCUGUGAUUGCAUUUGCUAUAAUGCACUUCAGCUCAUAUUCCAUCCACACAGUAACUAGGACCAAAGAGAUGCGAUGCUGAGUGGUAUCAGGAUUCUUUUAAAAAAAUGGUGGCAGGUGUGUGCGUGUGUCCAUCAGGUCCACAGAAUAUCAAGAGAGCAGGCUUAAGUCUUUCCUCCCCUUCCAUGAACCCCCCACCCCCAACUCGAAGUGUCAAAAUUUGCUCACCUGCUACUGUCUGUCUAUCUAUCUAUCUACGGUAUCUAUCCAUGACCAUAGGAAACUGUCUUAUAAAACCAAGUCCCCCUAGCUCCUUACUUAGGGGCUUCAACCCGAGACCUCCUGACAAACUCCACCAUGAUUGCUAAAGAUGCAUUUGGUGUCACAUCCAGUUUGGCUCUGCCAAGAUGUGAAGAGAAUGAGGUCCAUAAAAAACCCAAAACCCAGUCCUCCUUAUAGCUGCCCAUUGGGCAUGGGGCGCCCUUUCCGUGAAAACGUUUCUACCCCAAUUCCUCCCUGUCCUGUCCCCUCACAUUUGCCCCUCUCCAAUUGCGCAGUCUGGGAACUCCCAGCAUUCCCUUCCCUCUGCUGUGCAGAAAACAACUGUUUAGCCAACACUGGAACUGUUCACAUUGGCAAAACUGCUGCCACCUGCCUUCCACCACCAAGGAAGGAACAGAAUCUCAGCCCUUAGUUCAGAACCCGUUCUGUCAGCGAUGGGGAAUCCGUGACUGUCGAGAUGUUGCGGGACUCCCCCUCCCACUGACAUCCCACCCAGCCUGGCCAAUUGUCAGGGGUGGUGGGCAGAGGGCCGCCCCCACAGUUCCCUUGACUCUGCAUGCAGUUGGGGAAGCGGUGCGCACGUAGCUUUUGCCACAAUCCUUAUGCACCCUUGUGCUCUGCUUUGAUGUGUUUCCUUCCCAAAGCAGCUUUGAUUCGAAUUGAGGGAAAGUACGACCUCGCGUUUUAAGCAGGCCAUGUGUGCACAGCCUCAGAGUGUUGCAGGAUCUGGAAGAGAGAAUAACAUCCUCCUCCCCGCGCCCCCCCCCCGUCGGGCCCGCCUUCCCUUGCCUGAUGUUUUGCUAUUGCUCCAUAUUCGCUCCUGCUAUAGAUGCUGUUAAAACACCCCCUUCCAUAAACAACGCAGAGGCUCCCCUGCCAAGGGGCACGCGGGCUAGCUUCUCCCCCGGCAAGGAGCGGGCGGGUGCCCCGCAUCCUCAAGGGGAUCCUAGCGCAGUAGCUGACGCAGGCGCCGCGUGACGCGACCCAAGAGGCUCCCAAAUCCUGCAGGAAGCUGGGCGCAACUGGAGCCGGAUGUUGCACCAAGCGCCGCUCGCCCUGUCCUCCUCCUCCUCCGGUCCAGCCCAUGCGAUGCUGCAAAGUCGCCUUUGGCCGGGAGCCUGGGAGACGAGGUUCCCCCCACCCCGCCCCAGGGGAGAGGAAGGGAUCUCCUGCUGACCUGGCACUGCGCUGUAAUCUGAUGCCCCCGAGGAGGAGCGGAGGAGCAGAAGGAGGUGACCUCCGUUACUUUUCCAUCCCGCGAAAUCCGUCUGGCUCUGCUCCCUGGGGCGCUGGGAGGGUGUCAGCAAGCCACCUUCGGAAGCGCUUACAAGUUCGGGGUGGGCAGCCGGUGGCCCCUCCAGAUGGUGCGGGGCUUGAACUCUCCGGUGAGGAGGGUUGAUAUUCAGCAACAUCUGGAGGGCUGCACCUUCGCCAGCCUUAUUACCGAUGUUGUCCUCCAAGGGGGGGGCGGUUAAUGCCGCCAGCUAAGGAUGUGCCAAAUGGGUUUUUCUCCACCACCCAUAAAGUUUCUGCUUUCAUGAAGAACGUGAAAGGGGGGGGGCUUGGAGAUCCUUUAGUCCUACCAGCUGCUCAAUGCAGGAUCCACAGUUACAGCCUCCCUGACAGAUGAACCUCCCGCCUCUGCUUAAAUACCUCCAGUGAACUAUCUGGUUAGAUAUUCUAAGAUAACAUAAGUAGAAUUAUUUGUAAGUACCAAAUUGGCCUAGGAGUUAAAUAUGUUAAAUUGUAUAACAUUAUGGAUAGAGAACACUAUGAAGAGAGAGACAGAUGUUAUUUGAAUAAGUUAAUUUUAUUCGAAAUUAGUUAUUGGAAAACUGCUACAAUGAGUUAUAUGGAAACUCAGCUAGGGAGACUUGAGGAAGUCAUCCAGUAAUGAUAAUUAAAGUGGGAUGUUAACAGUUAGGAUAUAUGUUUGUUCAUUUGUCUUUUUUAUAUUGUAAUGUUUUUCUUUUAUGUUUCUUAUAAAUUUGGAAAAUUUAUUUUAAAAAUUGGGGGGGGGGGAUUAAAUACUUCUAGUGAAGGGAGUUUGCCCCACUCUCAAACAUCACCACUGAGAUGCUCUGCCUCACGUUGAGCCCAGAUUUGGUUCUCUGCCUUUCCCAUACACUGAACAUAUCUGUAUUGUCUACAUAACAGAUGUUUGAAGUCAGAUGUUUGAAGUCAGCUUAUCCUCUGUGCCCUUAAUGUUCUCUUCUCCAGGUUAGAUAUGCCCAUUCCUUGUAAGGCUUUGCUUCCAGGAACCCCUCUGGACCAGGAACCCUGUGGCCCAUCUGGUCUAGCCCAGCAUCCUGCUUACCAUGGUGCCAAACCAAAUGCCUCUAGGAAGCCCACAAUUGGGCCCCAGAGUGAACCCCUCUGUUACUUCCUAGCACUUUAUCUUCCCUUGCUAGAUGUGCAGGUUCCACUCCUCCCUGAAUUUGCCUGAUUCACUUUUAAAGCUAUCUAAGCUAAUAGCCAGCACCACUGCUUGGAACAGUGAACACAGAAACCUUUUCCUAAGAGAAAGUAGCUUCCUUGAUGAAAUGUUAUGGAAGAAAUACAGUAAGAUGAAUGAAUCAAGAAAGGAAAGUCAUAGAUUUAGGGAAAUUGUGUCAUAACAAGGUGAUCUAAAGUACAUAACAAACAGCAGACACAACCACUUCUAAUUCUAUUGCAAAUUCAGUUCAGGGUCAUUAAUCUUGAGAAGUGAAUUUAUGAUUCUCCUGUGCAAGAGAGGAAUGGGCAGUGGUGCCAGGGCAGGACUUGGGGGCAGAUGCACAGUGCCCCACCUGUCCAAAUGAGCAGGAGGACUCCCAAGGGCAGUAGGACCAGCUUAUCACAUUUUGAAGUGGGGGAGGGGGGGAGGGAGAGAGACUGAAACCAUUAAGUCCAAAUUGUAAAAUCACCUAACUGCACCACUGGGGACACCAAGACCUGUCACCUUCCACACCCUUUAACUGGAGAUUGCACCGGACUACACUUUACAAAUCCACUUCAGACCAUGGGUUCUUUAACUGAAACUCACAUCAAUGUGGCUAUGACUUUCAUUUCAGGGAGUGUAUGAGUCUCUGCUUGCUAUCUCCAAAUGACACUUGGAGAAUGGGGGUGUUUUGGCUGUGCUGGAUGUAUGGGUGUGUGUUGCAGUCUUAUGCAGGCAGGCACGCACGCAUAUGAAUGAGUGACCUGCUGGGCACCUGUUUCCAUCAAGACUCUGGAGCAGUGGGCAGGUGGUUGUUUUCAUGGUGAAGGAAAAAAGAUUAGGGUGGCUGCAUCACUCAGAGAUUAGUGAAAUAGGGCAGGACGGCCUGUUAGGAAGCUGCUGUUAAUUAGUGUGAUUGGCUUGUUGAAGUCUCCCUCUGGACUGUGACGCACUACUGGCUGCUUGCAAGGAGUCACCUAGAAAUAAAUGGAUCUGGAAGAUCCUAGGCAUAAUCUUGGCUUAAUGAGCUGACGCUGGGCAUCCCCCAUAGCAGUGGCGUAGAAUAGUAGCUCUGCAGCAUUCUGUGCCUGUCUCUCCCUUCUUCCCCUACUACUGGUUUCACUUGACUUUUGAAUAGGUUUCAAUCACGCAUACAUUUGGAGGGUGUGUAGUAUUGCGGGGGGAGGGACAGGGAGAGAUCUAAAUGAACUCUGGAUAAUGUUUACCCAGUAACCAGGACUCUGUGGUCCGAAGCAGAAGAGCUUUUGCUCAGUAAGUAGGAAGCACAUCCAGAAGUCCCACCUGGGCUUGCUAACAUGGCCCAGCAUAGAACUAACUGAUAGCCGUAACCCAAAUCAAAAUGGUGUGUGUGACCUGAAAAACUUUCUGGUAGGCUACAGAAUUGUUGCGAGGGGGUGCCAGAAGAAAGGGUCUCUCUCAUUCUUGUCCCACCAGCAUCCAAAUCAUGUUUGCUUAGAAAAUAAAGAGGAGCCUCCACACAGUGGCUCUCCCACCCAAGAGAGUCCCUCCUUUUCCAGAGUUCAAACCAUGCUCAAGGUGGCUUUCAGCAUGAAAAAUAUAUAUGUAGUUACAACAUAACAAAAGUAGUCAUAAGGAAUAAAUAAAACAUCAACAAAACACACAAACAAAUCCAACAAUUUACACAUACAAAAAUUUUAUAUCAAUAAAAAACCCUAAACACUACCCCUGCCCAAUGCAGACACCAGCAGAAGAAUUUCCCUUUUUUAAGGUGGCUUUUUGCUACACUAUGCUGACUUGCAGACAGCUCUCUGCAUUUGUAAGAAAUAGCUGCUGUUCCCCUGUGACAGUAUUCCCUUGCUGGGUGGAAGUCCUUGAUGCACUUGGACUGCAAGGGGCUUACUUCUGAGUAGACAUGCAGAGGGUUGUCCUGAAGCAGUACCAUCUCCUUGUUGGAAAGUAUGACUCAGAACAAAGAGAUUUUCAGGGGUACUAAGGAGAUUAUGGCCCGUCUUAGACUCUCCGUACACACAUACCCUCUAUAUCCUUCCUCGUUUCUGGCAAGUGCAAAAAUAGCAUGCUAACAGGGUGAGAUUGGAUGCCCCAUCGACCUCACCACCCCAUGACCACCUUAGUGCCUGCAGGAAACUACAUGCAACAUUUUCUAUCCUGAAUUCUGCUUAAUUCAGUAAAUAAGCUAUACUGGUGUGUGUUGCAUGUGUGUAGAAACUAGGCUUGGGUACCAUCGUGGUAACUUUGUGAACCUGGCCGCUAAUGGGAUUUCAUUAACUUAUUUUAUUUUUGGUAUUUCUUACCCACCCUUCACCCUAAGGUCCCAGAGUGGGUCAUGUUAGCUAAAUUACAACCACAAAUUAGUGAAUAAUCAGCAAACUAUAAAACAACAUCUAUAUCAUCUAUAUCUAUAUCUAUAUCUAUAUCAAAGGUAAAGGGCCCCUGGAUGGUUAAGACCAGUCAAGGGCGACUAUGGGGUUGUGGCUCUCAUCUCGCUUUCAGGCCAAGGGAGCCGGUGUUUUUCCACAGAAAGCUUUCCAGGUCGUGUGGCCAGCAGGACUAAACCGCUUCUGGCUCAACAGAACACUGUGCCAAGUGCCAGAGCACACGGAAACGCUAUUUACCUUUCCGCCCCAGCAGUACCUAUUUAUCUACUUGCACUGGUGUGCUUUCAAACUGCUAGGUUGGCAGGAGCUGGGACAGAGCAAAGGGAGCUCACUCCGUCACAGGGAUUCGAACUACCAACCUUCCGAUCAGCAAGCCCAAGAGGCUCAGUGGUUUAGACCACAGCGCCACGCACGUCACUAUCUAUAUCUAUUUCUAGAAGAAAAGGUGCCAGAACUCACAAUGAAUGCGAGUUCCUGCUGAAAAAAAGCCAUACACACAUAAAAAAUUCCACUGCUGAAAGGAACGACAACUAGAGAACAUUUUUCUUGCUCCUUUACCCUGAUCCCUUAAGACCCUCCUGUGUCUCUUUCCACUCUUGGAAGGAAAAAGGAAAUGCUUGCGACUUUUACAUGUGCUUUGGAGAAGGACAUGACACCAGUGUUUCCAGCCCAGUUGAGCAGGGAAGUGUUAUACACGUGUGGUCUGCACUUCCCUCUCUUGAAAAGUAAAAUAACAGCUGUUUCUAACCUCCUUUACCAGGUCAAGGUGUUGCUUUCCCUUCCGGCUGCCACCCUUGCAGAGCUGUCAUUUGCAAAAUGCAGCUGUUAAUUCCCAAAUUAUAUUUUGGCUGUUUUAGAAAUGAGUACGCAACUACUGAUAUAAAGUUGAAGUGUGUGUGUGUUUCUCUCUCAUUGGCUGAGGCAAACAAAAUUGUCUCAAACCCUUUAAACAAAAGUUGAGAAGGAAUCCUAGUGACUCAAUGGCAGAGCGCCAGACAGCUUCUGGUUCAAUCUCAAGAAGCUCCGCAACUUGAAAGGGCCAGGCAGCUGGUGAUGAGAGAGGGCUGUUUCUUCCUCACCCCCAGGAAAGUCAGCUGUCAAUCAGAGUGGAAAAUCCCAGGCUAGAAAAACAGGCUAAACUGGCAAGAGGCAACUUCCUAGUGCAUAGCGCACAAGUGUUCCGUUUUAGGUGGGACAUCCCAGAUGGACAGAAGCCGCCCAAUCCUGGAUGUCCCAUUUUGACUCCUGUGCUCUGGCCACACCAGCGUGUGGGACCCAAAGACAGGCGUUUUUUUGUCCUGCCCUGUGGUGUGAGUCAGUUGGCUCACACCAGAGUGAGGAGCGCGGGAGGGUAGCAGCUUCUCCCUUGGGUGCCAGUUGACGCAACUUUGGUCAAGGCCUUGGAGGAGGAAGAGGAGGCCACAGAGGAGGAGGUUGCAGGUGAAGGUGUGGGGGAAGGAAGGGUGGCGGUGGGGUGGCAGUGGCAGCGAAGGAGCAAGUGGGUGAAGGAGCCGGCAGCUGGAGGGGGGCAAUGGAGGGGGGUGCCACGAUUUGCCCUCCUGAAAUGUGGGGGCAGUUAUGCUAAUGGCACCUCUUUAAGAAACAAGGCAGUGAAGCAGGCCUUGAGAGUCCAUGGCAUUAAAGGUUUCCAUUCUUUUGAAGUCCAGGCGUAACAGCUCACUCAGCUGUUUCUUCACUGGAUUGGGCAGGUUAUACAUAUAUGAAAAAUAAAAAGAAUAGUUGCACCCAGUAUAAUAUUAUAAGUGCACAAGGUAAUACAAGACAUGAAAAAAUAACAAUUGUUAAGAUACACCCGUGUAAAAAUGAUAAAAGAAUAAAAAGAAUUUUUAAAAAGACAAAAGAGGAAAAGAAGAAGAAAACGUAAACAUUACAAGAUCGUUAUUUCACUUAUCCUAAACCUAACCUAAUACAGUGUAUAAAAAUGAUUUCCAAAUAUCAUUAAAUUUGUCCAUGGUAAGUCUAUGUUUGUACGCAACUUGUUCAUGUGUUGCAAGUUUAUACCGUACAUAGAUUUUUUUCCAUUCGUUGAAGGGAACCUCAUUUUUUUCUUCCAGUUCAUCAAUACCUGUAUUUUUGCCAUAGUAAGGGUGCAGAGAGUCCAUUCAUAUUGUCCCUUUGUUAGGUUCCAUGUAUUUGGUAUAUAAUUCAAAAUGAUAUUUUCUUCUGCAAAUCUAAGAGUUUUCCAUACAGUCACAUUAAUCCUUUCUAUUACGCUCUGCCAAUGUAGAACAUUGUAAGAACAUAUAUUUUAAAGAAGCAUUGUCCUUGUUACAUCUCCAGCAGCUCAAUGUCUUAGAUAACACUUUCAUGAACAAAUGUAAUGGAAUCCAGUAAAUUCUAAAUAUUAUUUUUUUGUUGUAUGAGUCUUAGUUUAAGGUCUAGAGACACCCCUGUUAGAGAAUACAGUUUCCCAUUGCUUGGUUGAGAUUGAGACUUCAAGUUCUUUCUUACACUUCCUCCCUUAAUACCUGUAUUUCAAACUGGUUUGCUGCUAAAAAACAUUUGUAUAAGGUGAUAGUGGGGUGUAUUUGUUACAUAAGAGUUAAUCAGCUGUUUUAAGCUACUGGUCCAUAAGUGGUAGUUAGCCAAUCCUUUAUCUGAACAUAUUGCCAUUGAGCAUUUAAGGGUAAUUCAUAUUACCCUUAACAUAACUCUUAACAAAGAGUAUACAUAAAAUUCAUCCUUCUCGUCUAUCAAUUGGCCUAACGUUAAUAUGGCCGAAUUUAUUCAGCUCUUCCAUAUCCCCAUUUAUUUCCCUAUUUUUAGAGUCUGCUCUCCCCACAAAGUCAUUUUAGUGUGGGAGAAAAGGUCAAAUUAUUUUUUGGGACAUGUGUUGCCAUAUUAUUCAAAUUGAUGAAAAUGUUUCAAUAGCAUCUCAGGUAUUAUUAAUGUGUUUUGAUCCAAGUGCUCCCCAUCUUUCUAGAGAGUAUACAUAGCAGUAUUCCAAGAUAACCUAGUUUGGACAGUUAUUAUCAGUUAUGGGUCUCCAGAAUCAAAAGCGAGGAUUCCUGUUCUGAAUCUCAGUUGGAAGGGACCAGUGCCACCGAAUGUCCAGCUUCUAGUUGAAGCCAGCUGGGCCUCUGUAACAUGGGGGACAACCUCCAGAAGAUCUCCAUCGUAGAGCUGGGAUACAAGGGCUCCCAGGGAACCCAAGCCCCUCUGUAUUCUGCUUCUGCCCAGUGUGGCUGAUGGAGCCUCCCUUUUGAAAUGGCAGGAAUCAUCUGCUAUUGAAUCCGUGUGUGUAUGUGAGCAGUGGAGCAGCUGGAGAAGGAGAACCCUCAAUGCCUCCACAGAGCCUAGCAAUCUGCAUUUGAAAUAUCCAGUGGGGGGUGGUAAGGGAAGAGGAGGGGUGCAAAAUUAUGGAGACGGCGAAAUCCAAAAAAGAAAUGAUCAAGGAGCCAGAAAAACAACCACAUUAGAUUGUGACUCAUCUGCCUGUGAGUCAUCAGACAAUCCCAACACAGGCACACGUCAAGGCUAAUCCUAUGUUCUUUGCCUCUCCAAAGCUGCUGAGGCAGAAGAGUAUAUUGCACUCUUCAGUGUGAUAUAUUCGAAAAACACAAUCUAUGUUUUUAAAUUGGGGGGGAGCAGUAUUCAGCAUCUUUGCUCUCUUUUUUUCCAGACCAAGUGACACUUGUAAGACAACAGCACUUGAUGAAUCAUAUCUCUGGUGGGCCAUCCGUUUAUCAAGACCUGGCAUAAUUCCAUCACUUAACAAAGUAGUUUUUACUGCCCUUGAGGACUAGAGAGAGGUGACUAAAACAUGUGGUUUUUGUUUGCAGAAGAUGUAGUGAUGGAUAAGGCUGUCAGUGGGUACUGUUAAUAUUAGGAAGGGGCUUUCUCUGCACUGUUUCUGAUGCCUGCUUAAAAACUUUUAUGUUUGGGCAAGCCUACCCAGACAUGUAAUUCAUAUAUAUAUAUAUAUAUGUAUUUGUUUUUAAAUGGUUGACUUUGAGCACCCUCUCUCUGUCUCUCUCCCUCUCUAUAUAUAUAUGGGGGGAGACACCUACAUGUCUCCUGUUUUAAAAGCACACUUCCAUGUAUCUGGGGAUUUUAUCAGUAUUUUCUUUGGAAUAUUUCAUAUUGUUUUAUGUAAAGCACUUAGAGACUUUUGUUGAUUAAAAGGUAUAUAAAUAGUCACAAAAAUAGCCCCGAUGGCCGUAUGCCCCCUCCAGUCUUGGGCCUGCUUAGGGGCACAAGAGGGGAGAGGGCUGGUCCUCUUAAGUCCUGCCUGUGGCUCUCCAAAGGGAGAGGCUUGUUCACUGUGAGAACAGAUGGGCCUGUGGUCUAAUCCAGUCCUAGAGCUCUUAUUGGGUUCUUAUAUAGGAUUGGUAAUUGGUGCCUUAAAUUGUUCUACAUAAGUUGCAGGAUUUAGUGUUUCAUGGCUUUGGAUUUCAGCAAAGUAAAAAUGUGUUUUUCUGGGCCUGACAUCAGUAAGUCAAACAAGCUUGUCAACCCUGUGAAGUGCACAGAUUUUAUUAUUAUUACCAGUACGUAAUCAUUCCCAGGGCUGGCAAUCAUGUCCAGUUCUCCCUCUAAUACAUGGAUUUCACAUGCUUUCUUUCCUGCUCUGUCACAUUGUGACACGUGAAUGAAAACGGACAACCUCAUAAGACUUUGGUUACCAUCUAGAAUUGCUACUGUUCAUUAAUUUUCUACAUACCGUACUUGAUUCUUACAGACUUUAUUCUUGGCAACCCAUUACAUUUCAUUGAUUUUGUUUUCCUUUGGGCCUGAUUCAUGGCGCCUUGUUUUCUUCUUUUAAUUUUAAAAUAUGGUUGCAGCGCCACUCAAACGGGUGUAGAAUAGCAAAGUGCUAUUGAAGCUUUUCAGUGCUAGCAUUGCCUUUGAAUUAGAAGCUUCCGCUUGUGGCUUUUAGAAGUACAAAGGUUUAGAAGUACAAAAUCAGUCACUUCUAGUUCCCUGCAGGAGAGUCAUAAUGGCUGCUCUCCUACCACUUUUAUUUUUUAUUUUUUUAUUGUGAAAUAGUUAUUUUGGAAUAGCAAAAAGACAGUAUAUCACAGUAAAGAUAAAGAAAAACAAAACCAGUAAUUAAUCUGGAUCAGGAACCGACAGGCGAAGGAGCAAUUAAUCAGUAACAGCACUGUCACACUAAACAGGAAGCAACAGCAAAUAGAAGCUACAAAUGGGAAAAUAAUAAUUAACAUUUCUCAGAACAUUGCUUAAACAAGGCUUAAUUCUGAGGAAACAUCAUAGUAGGACCAUUGUUGCAUAGCUGCAUAUUAAGUGUCACAUGAAACCAUCAUUUUAGUUUCCUAUUCAGGUGAUUCCAUUAGAAGAAAUGCUUCUGUAGGUCAGAAGGACUCUCUUCUGAAAGUAGCCUUGCAAGAAUGAUUCCACCUUGCAGCAAUAUUUCCCUUGGAAGAAGCAGAAAUGCAGGUGUAAAAUUGUAAUAAGACAUCAAGGUGUGUUGAGCAAUAUCGUCUUCUUUUCUCUCUCUUCCUAGUGGUGGUGAGAAUGACGGGGAUGACUUUGGCCACAACUGGAAACCUCCGGAGCAGGAGCUGAUCGUGAAGCUGGUGGCCCAGAUUGAGUAUUACUUCUCAGAUGAAAACCUUGAAAAAGAUGCCUUUCUCCUGAAGCAUGUUCGGAGGAACAAGAUGGGAUACGUCAGUGUCAAGCUCCUGACAUCUUUCAAAAAGGUGAGCUUUGUUGCAUGGUGGCUGCAAAGUGUUGCUUCAACCAGAGGAGCCAGCAGAGUCCAUUCAGGCUCCUAUAUGCAUAUGGUUUUCCCUUCCGGUCCCUUUUCCCUUGUGUGUCAGCCCAGAACUUGGAUACCAGAGGGCAUUUCCACGAUAAGAAAGCUUUGCUGUCUUUCAAUUACAUGGGCCAUGCAGGCAGCCUAAAGCUGCAGGAGGCAGUCAUAGAAUCAUAGAGUUGGAAGGGGACCCCAAGGGUCAUCUAAUCCAACCCCCUGCAAUGCAAGAAUGCAGUCCUGGCUGUCUUGCAGGAUAUGCAGCUGGCCCAGCACAGAGCCACUGAGUGUCCUGCUGCUCCCUCCAGCAGCCUGAAGUAGGUUGUGUGUGCCUGUGUCCCUUGGUCUGCCAGGCUAAUGGCAAAUUAUGCAAGUGAACGAAAGCUUCUCCCAUUCACUCAUGGCUAUGUCAUACUAUUCUGGUGUUUUGUUUAUUUGUUUGCUUGUUUGUUUGAAUUUCUAUAGUACCCUUGACCUGAGGAUCACAGGGCUGUUUACAAUAUAAAACCACAAAAGACAUAACAUAGAAAGAAACGAAAACAAUACCCUCAACAGUUUAAAAGACCAUAGAUAGUUCAAGUAGCCAAAGGCCUGGGAGAAGAGGAAUGUUUUUGCCUUUUCUCAAUGAGCUACCUUUCCCUUACAGGUAAAGCACUUGACCCGUGACUGGAGAACCACAUCUUAUGCCCUGAAAUAUUCUGAUGUUUUGGAGCUGAAUGAAGACAACAGGAAGGUCCGUCGUAACACUCCUGUCCCCGUCUUCCCUAGCGAGAAUCUCCCAAGCAAGAUGCUGCUUGUCUAUGACAUCUGCUUGGUUUCUGAUCUCCAUCCUCCAGAUGGAGGACAAGAGAAUGGAUGUGUUCAAGAGAAGAUAAUGGAGCAUCUCCUCAAAGCCUUUGUCAAGUUUGGUGUCAUCUCGUCGGUUCGCAUCCUCAAGCCUGGUCGGGAUCUUCCACCAGAUAUCAAGAGAUUCAGCAGCCGAUACAGCCAAGUGGGAACCAAAGAAUGUGCGAUCAUCGAGUUUGAAGAGGUAGAUGCUGCUAUCAAAGCUCACGAGUCUAUGUCCAUCAGGGACAACGAAACUGCCAUGAAGGUUAUCCUCAUUGGAAUGAAGCCUCCAAAAAAGAAGGUCCUCAAAGACAAGAACCGUGAAGAAGACUCCAGCAAGGCUCUCAGCAAAACGCGUUCAGUGAACAAGAGGGUUGAAGAACUUCAGUUCAUUGGUGAUGAAUCUUCAGCCAACAGCUCCUCCGAGCCUGAGAGCAACCCAGCAUCACCCAUGUCUGGGCGCAGAAGCAACUCUUCCAACAAAUUGAGUCUUUCUGCCUACCAGAACAAUCAUCUUAGCCCAAACGUGUCUCCAAGAUCCAGCCCUUGGAGCAGCCCUUCUGCACUGCGUAAAGUGUCCAGGAUGUCCCCACUUGCUGGAGAAGGAAGGCUUAGCCUGAGCACCAGCCCUGAGACAUCAAGGAGAUGCAUGGAUUAUUCAUCGGACAGUAGUGUUACUCCUUCCAGCAGCCCGUGGGUCCAGAGGCGGCGGCAAGCUCAGACUCUGACACAAGAGAAAAGUCCUGUAGGCAGCCCAAUGCAGAGUCCCAAAAUACCGACUGCAGUUGGGUUACCCGUUGGCGUUCUGCGUCUGCCCAGGGGCCCUGAUGGUACGAAGGGAUUCUAUAACUGCCACGAAAGGAACAGGCCCACAAAGAACGAAGAAGCUUCAUGUGGUGCAUUGAACUGAUGGACUAUUCCAGUGCUGUCCUCCUCAAGGACUUGCAUUGCUGUAGUAUUUUCCUUUUUUAAAAAAAAAGCUUUUCUAUCUGUGUAGCUUUGUAUGUUUAUAUUCGCACUUAAAUCUAUAUGUUGUCUUCAUUUUAUUUUAUUUUGGCUGAAAUCUCAGCUAUGCUGCAUUUUACUUCUCUUUUUUAUACCAGGAAUAACCAAACAUUUUAGGGGGGGAAACCUUUUUAUUUUGCAAAGUGCAAAUAUAUUUUAGUGUGUGCAAUGGUCAGAGUUGUACCCAUUAUUUUAACAGUAUGUCAAAGCCUCUCUUGUAUGUAAUCUUUGAAAGGAACUCUGGAGUUUCUGAUAUAUUGCUAGCAUUGACUGUCAAAAAGACAAUUCUGAGUGUUUUUUUAGACAAAAAGUGUAUUGGUAUGAAUAAAAAGCCACAAACAUUAAAAAA